AUGCUUUUUGAUUGCUCUGGUCGCGCAUAUAAGUGUGAGCAGGUUCUCCAUUCUCAUCCAAAGAAUCGAGCUUUUGACGUCUACCUCGCACGGUGCGAAAAUAAAUCCUAUGUCGUGAAACGCUUAACCCCAGAUGUAUUUAAGCAGUCUUUACAGCUCAAAAUCGAGUUUGCAGAUACUCAUCGCCUGCCAAUGCACAUUGACUACAACAAAGAGGAGCACACCCUCGUUUACGAAUACUUCAGGAACGACCUGCUUUCUUUGGUGAAGGAUAACCCGAAUUUUCCCCUUGCUGCAAGAAAACAGAUUCUGUGGGAAGCUGGGAAAGCACUCAAGAAGUUGCACGCAAGGAACUGGAUACAUGUAGGCAGGCCGCCAUGA